UCACCGCAUACGAUCAAGAAGUGUAGCUCGCAAUUUAAGUUCAGUUUUCAUCGUAAAAAGUGCAGCAAAAAUGGCCCUAGCCGAAAUUUGUGGUCUUUCUCAGAGCAAUGUGUUCGGUGGAGCAUCGAUGGGCAACGAUUUCUUUGCUCGCGACAUCAUGGUCAACACGCAAAACCUGCAAAAUAACAUGUCCCUAGCUGUACCUCCGUUUCAAGAUCCGGCUUUGAAUUUGGCUAAACUUCAAGCCGCUGGUGAAUCGAGCGGAAUCAAGAUGGAAUUUGAUCACGGCACAACCACCCUCGGCUUCCGGUUCCAGGGUGGUGUUAUUCUGGCGGUCGAUUCCCGUGCCACCGGUGGGCAGUUCAUUGGCUCGCAGACCAUGAAGAAGAUUGUAGAAAUCAACGACUACCUGCUCGGUACGCUGGCUGGCGGUGCGGCCGAUUGCGUCUACUGGGACCGUGUGCUGGCCAAGGAGUGCCGUAUCUAUGAGCUGCGCAACAAGGAACGAAUUUCCGUGGCUGCUGCCAGCAAAAUUAUGUCCAACAUCGUGUACUACUACAAGGGGAUGGGACUGAGCAUGGGCAUGAUGUUGGCCGGAUACGACAAACGAGGCCCUCAGCUGUACUACAUCGAUUCGGAAGGAACGCGCACUCCCGGCAAGGUGUUUUCAGUCGGAAGUGGGUCCAUUUACGCCUAUGGAGUGCUCGACUCUGGCUACCACUGGGAUCUUACGGACGAAGAAGCACAGGAUCUGGGCAGACGUGCGAUUUACCACGCGACACACCGUGACGCCUAUUCCGGUGGUAUCGUGCGUGUGUACCACAUCAAACCAUCCGGAUGGGUGAACAUCUCGAACCAGGAUUGCAUGGAUUUACACUUCAAGUUCCAGGAGGAGAAAAACAAGAAGUUUGGCGAAUAAGUGUAGCGGUUUCAGUUGUGUUUAAUACUUGAAGAAUACUUGGAGAAUAAAUUUCGGUCUAAGGACAAUUCUAUCUAAUUUCAGUAGA